CCCUUCAAAAAGCUUCCCUCUGACCGGCUCUUUCCCACUCAGAGUCACUUCUUUUUGCAGAGCGGAGCACACAGGAAGCCUCUCCUCUCUCUCUCGCACACCAUGGCUCUCACGCAGGACCCAAACUUCCAGAAGCUGCAGGACUGGUACACCGCCCACGCCCUGAACCUCAACAUGAGGCACAUGUUUGAUGCUGACAAGGAGAGGUUCAAUAAAUUAAGCUUGAACCUGAAAACUGAGGAUGGAGAUAUUCUUCUGGAUUACUCCAAGAACCUCGUCACUGAUGAAGUCAUGAAGAUGUUGGUCGAUCUGGUAAACACACACACACGCACACACACACGCACGCACACACACACGCACACACACACACACGGCCCUCUGAUGGUGACCGAGGCUCUGAAACCUUACUCGAAGGGGGGACCACGUGUUUGGUUUGUGUCCAACAUUGAUGGGACGCACAUCACUAAAACCCUGGCACAGCUGAACGCCGAGACAACCCUCUUCAUCAUCGCAUCCAAGACAUUCACCACCCAAGAGACGAUAACCAACGCCAAUUCAGCCAAGGAAUGGUUCCUCGAACAUGCCAAAGAUAAAGCUGCUGUCGCCAAGCACUUCGUGGCUCUCUCCACCAAUGGACCCAAAGUGAAGGACUUCGGCAUCGACACGGAGAACAUGUUUGAGUUCUGGGAUUGGGUUGGAGGUCGUUUCUCCCUCUGGUCUGCUAUUGGGAUGGCCAUUGCUCUGCACAUUGGCUUUGAAAACUAUGGACAACUUCUAUCUGGAGCGCACUGGAUGGUAGGCAACUCUCCAACACUCUCACCUUUUUAGUGUUGAAAUUAAUUAAAGGUCACCUAU